AUCACACCAAACUUUCUUACUUUCUCCACAUUUACAAAUAUACUCAUUUGCUUUUUUCCCUUUGCAUGUUGUAAUUUGGUUUGCUUCAUCAUGGGUGUUUUAGUAAUCUCGGCUCUCCUGUUGCAUAUCCUAGCGUUUUCCACAUGUGCUCAAGGCUUCUACCGUCGGGGCGGUCACCAUCCUGGCGGCCACAUGGGACCGUGGAUCAACGCUCACGCCACUUUCUACGGCGGUGGUGAUGCUUCCGGCACUAUGGGUGGAGCAUGCGGGUACGGGAAUCUGUACAGCCAAGGUUACGGAACAGAGACGGCGGCAUUGAGCACGGCUUUAUUUGAUAACGGACUUAGCUGUGGUGCCUGUUUCGAGCUGAAGUGUGUCAACGAUCCUCAGUGGUGCAUACAAGGCAGGUCCAUCGUGGUCACUGCCACUAACUUUUGUCCUCCUGGUGGCGCUUGCGAUCCUCCCAACCACCAUUUUGAUCUUUCUCAGCCCAUCUACGAGCAUAUCGCUCUCUACAAGUCCGGUAUCAUUCCGGUUAUGUACAGAAGGGUUCGGUGCAAUAGAAGAGGCGGGAUAAGGUUCACGAUCAACGGUCACUCAUACUUUAACUUGGUGCUGGUCACAAACGUGGGUGGAGCAGGGGACGUACACUCUGUGUCGAUGAGAGGGUCAAGGUCACGAUGGCAGCUAAUGUCAAGAAACUGGGGACAAAAUUGGCAAAGCAACUCUUAUCUCAAUGGUCAAAGUCUGUCGUUUGUUGUCACCACAAGUGAUCGCAGAAGUGUCGUGUCGUACAAUGUUGCUCCUCCUAGUUGGUCCUUUGGCCAGACAUACAUCGGAGGGCAGUUUCGGUACUAACUAGUUCUAUAAAUAAUAUAAUUAAGUGAUAUAUAUUGUUAGACCGGUUUGGUUUGCUUCGGUUAUUGCAAUUGCUGCUUCUUUUACUGUAAUUUCCGGUUUCCAAGUUGGGGACUUUUUUUUGGGUAACCAAUUGAAAUUUGGACUGGUAGUUUAUAUGUUACCGAAAUGUGUGUGAACGAGUGAAAGAAAGAGAUAAUCCUCUUUUUUUAUAAUAAGAAAAAUAUAAGUGAUAUAAAUAAAAAUGAAAGUGAA